CCCCCCCACUGAAAAUGCUCUUUGCCUCCUUCUCACUUCUCACUUCUCACUCAUCAUCAAUUCCUUUAUAAACUUUUUUGUCACUGUGGUUGCAGUGAAGCUCUCUCUCUCCCUUUUUCCUGUCCCUGCAAGAACUAUAUAUAGCUAGCUAGGGUUUAGAUCUUCUUUGAACUUUCACAUCUCCAGCAGUAAAAGCCCUGCAACUUCAUGGUACAAUCACAGAAGAGAUCUUGAAAGAGUUUUUCACACAACGGAGAAAAAGCACAACUGGUCCACUGGAGGAUGGCUUCAUCUAGUUCUAGUUAUACGAAUUCUCCUUGCGCCGCGUGCAAAUUCUUGAGGAGAAAAUGCAUGCCGGAUUGCAUAUUUGCUCCCUAUUUCCCACCUGAGGAACCACAAAAGUUUGCAAAUGUCCACAAGAUAUUUGGUGCCAGCAAUGUAAGCAAGCUUCUGAAUGAGGUGCUCCCCCAUCAGAGAGAGGAUGCAGUCAACUCUUUGGCCUACGAAGCGGAGGCCCGGAUGAAGGAUCCGGUGUACGGAUGCGUAGGAGCCAUCUCAGUCCUCCAAAGGCAAGUCAUUCGCCUCCAGAAGGAGCUGGACGCCACAAAUGCUGAUCUCAUCCGCUAUGCAGCAAGCAGCUGCAACAAUCUUGAAAUUCCAAUUGCAUCCCAGUCCGGGAGGACUAGGACUAAUAGUAAUACGGGUCAUGGAGGAGGGUCUCUUGGUCAAAAUCCUGGGUUGUAUUUUUCUUCUCCAUGGAAUAGAUCAGACUCUUACGGAGGAGAUAGAAACGAGAGAGGAGGAGGAUGAGGAUGAGGAGAAGGAAAUAUGUAGAGUUAGUCUCAUAUGACAUGAGAUGUUAUGUGCCAAUAGAUGUCCAUUAUUAAUAAAAAAUAGUUAUUAUUAUUGGGUGACCCGGUUUUUAGGGUUACAUAUAUAUUAGGGUUUCUCCGGGUGUAUCUAUACUGGAUUUAGAAUGGUGUAAUAAGUAUGUGGAUCAGUCUAUGAAGUCUCCUGUGAUAUAUAACAUUGAAAGCAUUAAUUUCAGA